AUGGCGUCUGAGCAAGCACUGCCUACCCGCCAGCGUCGCCCCUCCACCUCUGCUCCAAUCGUCGACAUCCAAGGUUCCGUCGGGCCCGCCGGCGUCUCGCGUCCCAAGCACAAGAGGACAUUCACUGGCUUCGGCGCUGGCGAAAUCAAAACUUCCAUCCCCGACCCUCAGCGCGCAGCCUGGGAGAAGCAUGCUGUCAAGAGCUUCGAGGACCAGGAUGGCUUCGAGCGCGAGGUCGUCCGUCAUGUCGAGACCACCCUGGCCCGCAGCUUGUUUAAUUGCGACGAAAACGCUGCCUAUGCCGCGACCAGCCUAGCUUUCCGCGAUCGCCUUAUUACCGAUUGGAACAAGACACAGCAGCAGCAAACAUUCCGCGACUCCAAGCGAGUCUACUACCUCAGUCUCGAAUUUCUUAUGGGACGUGCUCUGGACAACGCCAUGCUCAAUGUUGGCCACAAAGACACUGCUAAAGCUGGUCUCGCUGAGCUCGGGUUCAGAAUUGAAGAUGUCAUAACCCAGGAGAACGAUGCAGCUCUCGGCAACGGUGGCCUCGGCCGUCUCGCCGCUUGCUUCCUCGAUAGCUUGGCUUCGCUCAACUAUCCCGCCUGGGGCUAUGGCCUUCGCUAUCGCUACGGCAUCUUCAAGCAGGAAAUCAUCGAUGGCUACCAGGUGGAAGUUCCCGACUAUUGGCUGGACUUUAACCCCUGGGAGUUUCCUCGCCAUGAUAUUCAAUUCUAUGGCAAUGUCAGAAAAUCAACCGACACGAAUGGCAAGAAUGUCUCGGUCUGGGAUGGCGGUGAAGUUGUCCAGGCCGUUGCGUAUGAUGUUCCCAUUCCGGGCUACGCAACACCCACCACCAACAACCUGCGCCUUUGGUCCAGCAAGGCUUCUGGAGGUGAAUUUGACUUUCAAAAGUUCAACAAUGGCGACUACGAAAGCUCCGUUGCCGACCAGCAGCGCGCCGAGACCAUCAGCGCUGUGCUGUAUCCCAACGACAACCUGGAGAGAGGCAAAGAAUUGCGCCUAAAGCAACAAUACUUUUGGGUCGCCGCCUCCCUCUUUGACAUUGUCCGUCGCUUCAAGAAGUCCAAGCGCGGAUGGAGCGAGUUCCCGGACCAGGUCGCCAUUCAGCUGAAUGAUACCCAUCCUACGCUCGCCAUUGUUGAGCUGCAGCGCAUUCUCGUCGACGUCGAAGGCCUUGAGUGGAACCAAGCUUGGGACAUUGUUACCAAUACUUUUGGCUACACUAACCACACCGUACUUCCCGAAGCGCUCGAAAAGUGGCCUGUUGGCCUCUUGCAGAACCUUUUGCCAAGACAUUUACAGAUUAUCUUCGAUAUCAACAUGUUCUUCCUGCAGCAUGUCGAGAAAAAAUUCCCAGAGGACCGGGAUAUGCUACGUCGCGUUUCCAUCGUUGAAGAGUCGCAGCCAAAGAUGAUUCGCAUGGCUUACCUUGCCAUUGUCGGCUCCCACAAGGUCAACGGUGUUGCUGAGCUUCACUCUGAUCUCAUUCAGACGACCAUUUUCAAGGAUUUUGUCGCCAUCUAUGGCCCAGACAAGUUUACCAAUGUGACCAACGGCGUGACACCCCGCAGGUGGCUUCAUCAGGCCAACCCUCGCCUGUCGGAACUGAUUGCCAGCAAAUGCGGGGGCAACGAUUUCCUGACAGAUCUUACCAAGCUGAGCAAGCUUGAGCAAUUUGUGGGCGAUAAGGAGUUCCGCAAGGAAUGGGCGGAGAUCAAGUACGCCAACAAGAUUCGCCUGGCAAAGCACAUCAAGAACACUCUUGGAGUGACUGUCAACCCUGCAUCGCUCUUUGACAUUCAAGUGAAGCGUAUCCACGAGUACAAGCGGCAGCAAAUGAACAUUUUCGGAGUCAUUCACCGCUACCUGACGCUCAAGAACAUGUCUCCCGAAGAACGCAAGCAGCAGCUUCCGCGCGUCUCCAUCUUUGGUGGAAAGGCCGCCCCCGGAUACUGGAUGGCCAAGCAAAUCAUUCAUCUCAUCAACUCGGUUGGGUCGGUGGUGAACAAUGACGCUGAUAUUGGCGACUUGCUCAAGGUCAUCUUCUUGGAAGACUACAACGUCAGCAAGGCUGAGAUUAUCUGCCCUGCAUCAGAUAUCAGCGAGCACAUAUCCACUGCCGGAACCGAGGCCUCUGGUACCAGCAACAUGAAGUUUGUUCUCAACGGCGGCCUCAUCAUUGGUACAUGCGACGGAGCCAACAUUGAAAUUACAAGAGAAGUUGGCGAGAGCAACAUCUUUUUGUUUGGUAACCUGUCAGAGGAUGUGGAAGACCUGCGUCAUGCUCACACAUACGGCUCACACGCCAUAGACUCAGACCUGGAUGCCGUGUUCCAAGAGAUCUCAAAGGGUACAUUUGGAGCACCACACGAUUUUGGAGCUCUGAUUGCUGCCGUUCGUGACCACGGUGAUUACUACCUGGUGUCGGAUGAUUUUCACAGCUACAUCGAGACGCACCGACUUGUGGAUGAGGCGUAUCGCAACCAGGACGAAUGGGUCUCCAAAUGCAUCACUGCAGUGGCCCGGAUGGGCUUCUUCAGCAGUGAUCGCUGCAUUAACGAGUAUGCUGACAGUAUCUGGAACGUCGAGCCGCUGCCCAUUAGAGAGUAA